AUGGAAUAUCAUAAUCUUGGCAAGUCCGGCCUCAAGGUGUCCAAGGUCAUUCUUGGUGCCAUGAGCUAUGGCACUCCGGAAUGGCAAGGUUGGGUUCUGAAUGAAGAAGACUCUCUCCCGCUUCUGGAGUAUGCCUAUAAGGUCGGCAUCAGAACGUGGGACACUGCCAAUACGUACAGCCAUGGCCGGUCCGAGGAAAUUAUCGGAAAAGCCAUCAAGAAGUACAAUAUUCCUCGGGAGCGACUGGUAAUCCUGAGCAAGUGCUAUUUUGGUGUGACUCCGGACCACCCUGGCAAUCAGAUUAGUGCCAUCUCCAACAAUGAUGGCGAUUUGGUCAACCAAGUUGGCCUGAGUCGAAAGAACAUACUUGAAGCUGUCAACAAAAGUGUUGACCGCCUGGGUACUUAUAUCGAUGUCCUCCAGAUCCAUCGACUUGACCGGUCUACUCCACGGGAAGAGAUCAUGAGGGCCCUGAAUGAUGUCGUUGAAUCCGGAAAGGUUCGAUACGUCGGUGCCUCUAGUAUGGCAGCAUGGGAGUUUCAAGAACUUCAGAACGUUGCCGAUCGACAUGGAUGGCACAAGUUUAUCUCCAUGCAAAACUAUUACAACCUGCUUUACCGUGAGGAGGAGAAUGAGAUGAUCCCCUAUUGCCAUCACACUGGUGUGGGACUGAUCCCAUGGUCGCCCGUUGCCCGUGGAGCACUGACGAGACCUUGGGGUUCUCGAGACACUCUUCGUGAGAAAACCGACAAUUUUCUUCAUGUCCUUGUUCGAUCGAGGGACGAUAAGGUGGACGAAGAGAUCAUCGGUCGAGUGGAAAAGGUAGCUCACAAGAUGGGAAAGAGUAUGGCCCAGGUUGCCAUAGCUUGGUGUUUGAGCAAGAAAGAUGUAUUUCCUAUUGUGGGUCUAAACAAGAAGGAGAGAAUAGAUGAAGCGGUGGAAGCUUGCAAGAUCAAGUUGAGCGAGGAGGAUAUUCAAUACCUCGAGGAACCUUAUCAACCAAAGAGGAGGCAGGGAUAUUGA